AUGGAACAAAACAGAGUAAUGAAAAACUCUGCUAAAACAUCUGUGCCUCAGUUUGGAGGGUGGGACCAAAAGGCUACCGGAGCUACCGACUAUUCAAUGGUGUUUACUCAAGCUCGUGCGAACAAAAAGCAGCAGAAAACCGACCUGACUGAAGUCAAGCUUGGCAGCACCGGGAAUGAACGGGACCUCGCUAAAACUAAUCAUGGACAUGCUCCUCCUGCUCAAGGUCAUCAUGCCCAUCAUGCUCGGGACCUUGCCAAAGCUAAACAUGGACACACUCAUCCUCCUCAAGGUAGUCGUGCUCAUCCGGUUCAGGCUCAACCUGCUCAUGCUCAUCCGGUUCAUGCUCAACCUGCUCAUGCUCAACCGCAUGCCCAAGUUCACACUCAUUCUCAAGAAGAUUCUGUAGUCAUGGGGAAAAGAAGGAUUCUGACCUACUUAAAUUGCUGUAUUAGGCCUUGA